AUGAAUCCUCAAAUUUGGUUGUUGGCUUUGCUGGUCCCUUCUGUUGUCAAUGCAAUCUCAGAUUCCUUUACCUUGGAGCUUAGCACUAAAGAGAACGGUUUGAAAAACUUACAGAUAAUGGAAACAGAUGAAGAUAUAUUCAUUGGCCAAUCAAGUGAUUAUUUCCAGGUAUUGAAUGGUACAAUUCAAGAUGAUGGUAGUCUAAAGCUUGGAAACAAUAGCUUCAUCGGAAUAAGCAAGAAUUUAUUCACUGUCACGAAUGAUACUACCGAGUACGCUCAACCAUUUUCAAUUGACAAGAAGGGGAAACUGAAUUUGUAUGGUUCCAAAAAAUUCAAGGCUAUUCCUUCAGGGGGAACAGGCUCCGCUAGAUGGACAUUAGGAAGUGCCCAAGCUACUUCUAACUUGAAAGAAGGUGUCUAUGAGGUCGAAAUCAAAUGUGUUAAUUCUAAAGGGAAGAGUGCUAAUAAAUUCUCGAUCCCAGGAAGUGGUGCCUCAGGUCAUUUAGACCCGAUAAGUGGUUUAAUAGCUGCUGGUAUUGUUAUUGGAAUACUAUGA